AAACACUUUAGAUGAAUCAAAGUCAGACGUCAAAGCUUCAAGGGCAGAGGAAGAAAUUCACAGGAGCUCAAAAACGGUGCGGUGGUUGUGGCGGUGGUGAGAAAUGGGCAGUGUUUUCAUGAGGGAGGUUUGGGUUAUUUUGUAGGGUUGGGUUAUUUUCAUCAACAAGAGCUGCAUUAGAAAGGGAAAAGGAAGUUGUGAAAGUCUGAGAUAGGAGCACAUCAACACUGGACCGUUUGAGAGAAAUAAAUCUCAGUAAACAUGCAGCCCACUAUGGAGGAGUUGGAAUCAGAGGACUCUGGUGUUCAAGAUGUGGGACCUCAAAUCAACGGGCUGGUGGUCCAGAUCCUGGAGACGAUGUCAGUGCUGCUGGUGCGGAUCAGACAGAAGCUUCUGGAAAUGGCUCUUCUGAUCUGUGUGAUUCUGCUGGUGUUCUGGGUGGCUUUGUUCCUCUAUGGCAGUUUCUAUUAUUCCUUUAUGCCCACUGCCAAUUUCAUCACGCCUGUCUACUUUUACAGCAGGACUGAUUGUCCGUCUCCUCAUCACUCUGUGUGUUCUUUCCCUGUGGCUAAUGUCUCUUUACUGAAAAAUGGAAAACAUCAGGUAAUGACAUACGGUCAGCCCUAUCAGAUCACACUAGAGCUGGAAAUGCCUGAGUCUCCAGCCAAUCAGGAGCUGGGAAUGUUCCUAGUGAAGAUGACUCCCUAUUCUAAAGCUGGUCAGAUUGUUGAUGUAACAGCUCGUUCUGUAAGUACACAAACGAGGAGACAGGCAAUGCUCCAUUAUCGCUCUUCUCUUCUUCAGGCUCUGGGCACAGUGGUCUUCUCUCCCAUGCUGUUAACAGGAGCAUCGGAGCAAAAGCAGCCAGUCACAGUGGAGCUGUACUCUGAAUUCAAAGAUGAUUCUUACAAACCCACUGUUGGAGCCGUCAUUGAGAUCCAUUCCCAGCAUAUUCAGAUCUACAGAGCUCAUCUCUAUAUCUUCGCUCACUUUACAGGCAUCAGGUACCUGCUGUAUCACUUCCCUUUGAUAUCAGCACUGAUCGGGGUGAUGAGUAACUUUGCUUUCCUCAGUUUGAUCAUCGUUCUCAGCUUCCUGCAGUUUAAUCUAGGCAGUCACAGGACUCCUGGAAAGGCUAUUAAGCAGCAAGAGGAAAAGAAUGAACCAGAUGACCUGAAUGAUCAGUCUGAACCACAGGAUGAAGGCAAGGCCCCAAAAAAUGUUGACGCCAUGGAGUGCAGUUCAUUGGAGGUGGAAGAAUCCAUUCCAGACAUGGGAGUGGAGGAGGGUGUCGAUGACUCCAGAGAAGCUGCUGAAGAUGAACUCAUCUGUGAGGCUGGGGGUGGAGAAAUGAUUUUGAAGCACAGGCAUUUAUCACAGUGCAUGUCACAGUCAUCUCAAGCGUUAACGGGCACUGUAGAUAAAACUUACUACCGUGUUGGUGUCUGUUAAAGCAGCUAGAGAGAGAAUGGAGCCGUCUGCUAAAUGAGGGUAAACGUUAAAGCAAAGGCCACCUGCUGGACUUCAUUGAUUUGUUAAAAAUGUCCUUGUUUUAAAAAUAUGAACUUCAUGCUGGCUCUAAUCACUUGUAUCAUUAAUGUUAAAAAUAAUCAAGACAACCACAAAUAUACAGUAUAGUAACCAUUUAUGUAUUGACAUAACUCCAAAACUGACCUUUAUAUGUCCAUUGUUGUUGUUGUUAUUAUAAUCCACAACACUGAAACUGGUGAGACUGUGCCAAUAAAUAGCCAAAGGAGGAGAGUA